AUGGCCCUCUGUGGCCCACAGUAUAUUUUUGGAGAUUUUAGCCCUGUUGAAUUCAACCAGUUUUUUGACCCUCGCUCUUCGGUUGAGCUUUCUCCAUAUAAUGGAACAGUUCUGUGUGGCACACAGGCUACCGAUGAGCUACCUAACGAACAAGAAUGUCAGAGAAUUGAGUUUGGUGUUAAUGAAGUGAUUGAACCCAAUGACACGUUGUAGAGAACUCCCAACUACAGUAUUUCAAGUACAUUGAAUCCUCCUCCUGAAUUCAUUCUUAGUUGCACAGCUCCUAGAAACACCCCUGAUGACAUAGAUAAAGAAGCAGACUGCAGCUCUAGUGACUGCCAAUACCCAGGCUCUGCCCUUGAUCUGGAUGGCAGUUCCAAUGUGGAGGUGGAAAUUUUGGAAAAUGAUGGUGUCUCAGGUGGUUUUGGACAAAGGGAGCGUAAAAAGAAAAAACAUCCACCUGAAUAUUAUAGUUACUUGAAAAAUGGCAGCGAGGGUAAUAUUUCUACAGAAGCCCUGGUCAAUGGCCAUGCCAAUCCCAUAGUCCUGAACAGUAUAGACACAGAGGAUGUAGAGUUGAUGGGCGAUGUGCCCUUGCUGGGGACACCCAGGACUUGUAGCAGCCCUCAGGACUCCACAGACUUCGUCAGUGACAAUGUGUCUGGUGGCUGUUUCUCCUGAGCCCUGGACAGCAAUGCUAGGACUGCAGGGCAGCCUCAGGGCUGCCAGGGGCCUGCCUCUGAUCAGUCCUGCCUUCCUGCAGAGACUGGGAGGGACAGCCUGUUGAGGACAGCUGUGGCACCCUAUGUUGGGACUGAUACUACUGAAAACCUUGGAGUUACUAAUGGACAGAUACUUGAAUCCUUGCGUGAGGGCUCAACUGCCAACAGGGUGAAGUUGCACACUGUGGAAAGCAUGGACUCAGACCCAACUAAAGCUGAGAGCACUUCCCCUCCUGCCGAUGCCCCAGCUUCUGUGGCUGGCUCUACUCCCAUCAGUCAGCCUAAGUCAUGGGCCAGUCUUUUCCAUGAUUCUAAGCCCUCUUCCUCCUCACCCGUGGCUUCUGUGGAAACUAAGUAUUCCCCUCCUGCCACAUCUCCCCUGGUCUCUGAAAAGCAGGCUGAAGUCAAGGAAGGGCUUGUUCCAGUUUCAGAGGAUCCUGUAGCCAUAAAGAUUGCAGAGUUACUGGAGAAUGUAACCCUAAUACAUAAACUGGUAUCGUUGCAACCCCGUGGACUGAUCAACAAAGGAAACUGGAGCUACAUUAGUGCCACACUGCAGGCACUGGUUGCUUGCCCUCCGAUGUAUCACCUAAUAAAGUUCAUUCCUCUGUGUUCAAAAGUGCAAAGACCUUGUACAUCAACACCCAUGAUAGACAGCUUUGUUCAGCUAAUGAAUGAGUUUACUAAUAUGCCAGUACCUCCAAAACCCAGACAAGCUCUUGGGGUUAAAAUCAUGAGGGAUAUCUGCCCUGGAGCUGCCUUUGAACCCACAUAUAUUUAUAGACUCCUGACAGUCAUCAAGUUGAGCCUGUCUGAAAAGGGUUGACAAGAAGAUGCUGAGGAAUACUUGGGCUUUAUUCUAAAUGGACUUCAUGAGGAAAUGUUGAACCUAAAGAAACUUCCCUCACCAAAUAAUGAAAAAUUUACUGUUUCAAAUGGACCCAAAAGCCACUUGGAGAAUGAGGAAGAGCAGGAAGAACCAGGCAAAGGAAGUGAGGACAAAUGGGAGCAAGUGAGCCCCAGAAAUAAGACUUCAGUCACGCACCAGGAGGACUUUGUUCAGAUGCCAAUCACUGGCAUUUUCGGUGGACACAUCAGAUCUGUGGUUUACCAGCAGAGUUCAAAAGAAUCGGCCACUUUACAGUCAUUUUUCACGUUGCAGUUGGAUAUCCAGUCUGACGAGAUAUGCACAGUCCAGGAUGCAUUGGAAAGCUUGGUGGCGAGAGAAUCUGUCCAAGAUUACACCACAAAAACCAAACAAGAGGUGGAGAUCAGCUGCAGAGUGACCCUGGAGAAACUGCCUCCUGUCCUCCUGCUGCACCUGAAACACUUUGUCUACAAGAAGACAGGUGGCUGUCAGAAGCUCAUUAAAAAUAUCAAGUAUCCUGUGGGUCUGGAAAUUAGUAAAGAACUGCUUUCUCCAGAAGUUAAAAAUAAGAAUUUUAAAUGUCACAGAACCUAUAGACUAUUUGCAGUGGUCUACCAUCGGGGCAGCAAUGCAACGGGUAGUCAUUACACUACAGACGUCUUCCAGAUCGGUCUGAACGUCUGGCUGUGCAUCAGUGACCAGAUGGUGAAGGUGAUCAACCAGUACCAGGUGGUGAAGCCCAUUGCAGACCACACAGUCUACCUCCUCUAUAGCAGCUGA